AUGGCCAGUGCGAAGAUUGUCUCUCUUGCGAUUCGCACGAUUGCGAAGCCUAUCGCAACGCAACUGAAACAACAGGCUGUGCAUCAUGAGAAAUUCAAAAAAAUUUGCAUUUCCCUCGCGCAGUUCAUGCAUCGCUCCGAGGCGCGGCUUCGGGCUAAUCUCCUGGCCAACGGCGAGCCGGUCAAGGUCCGUCCACUGAAUGAUGCCAAGGCCAUCACGAACGGAGCCAAUGCCAUUUCAGAAGGCUUCCUUUUUGCGGUGGCGGCUCUCAUUAUCCUGGGAGAAACGUAUCGUGGCAGCCGCAGUCGCGCUCAUGAACGUGACCGUGUGGAAGAUGAGCUAGUGUCGCUCAAAGAGCAGAUCGAGCAACUGAACUCUAAGAUCCACUAUGGUCAAGACGGCGAGGAGACACCACUUAUGUCACACACCUUGGCACCAUCGAUUCUUACUCAAAAGCCAUCCAACAUGUCCAACGAGUAUCUCUCCUUGGUUCACUCGCUCCAAGUCCUUUGGGCGCUGGCAGAAAAAAAUGGAUGGAUGGAUGAUACGAAGGCCCUUCCCUCAGAACUAAAGUGGCUGCUUGAGCACAAGUCAUCGUCCACAGAGGACAGUCCAGCAUCAAGUUCGGACGAGAACACGUCCCCUGAUUCAUCUGCUGAAGUUGCGCGUGUCACUACCCAUGAGAUUGCCAAGCAAAUACGCGACUCACUACAUUCCCCUCCCUUCUCUUCCCAUCACCGAUCAUCUUCGUCGUCACAAGGGUAA